CUCCUCCUCCUCCUCCUCCUCCUGGAUCAGAUUCUCCUCUGCGCUGCCUCCAGCAGAACAAGCCUCCUCCUGGAGCUGCAUGCAGAAGCAGGGCCCUCCAUCCCGUCGGUGUGAGACCUCCUCCUGGAUGCUGGGCCACCUCCGGCGUGGCGCUGCAGGAGUCUUCCCGUGGGAUGCAGCUUGGUGAUGGGAGGAUCCGCCGCACACGAUGGGAAACAAGCAGACGACCUUCACCGAGGAGCAGCUGGAGGCUUAUCAGGACUGCACCUACUUCACCCGGAAGGAGAUCCUCAGGCUGCACGGACGAUAUCGUGAGCUCGCUCCACAUCUGGUGCCGCUGGACUACACCAACAACCCCGACAUCAGAGUCCCUCUGUCGCUCAUCGUCACCAUGCCUGAGCUGAAGGAGAACCCGUUCAGAGACAGAAUCGUGGAGACGUUCUCUGAGGACGGACAGGGGAACAUGAGCUUCAACGACUUCGUCGACAUGUUUUCUGCUCUCUGUGAGACGUCCCCCAGGGAGCUAAAGACGAUCUACGCCUUCAAGAUCUACGACUAUAACAGGGACAACUUUAUCUGUAAGGAGGACCUGCAGAAGACCCUGAACAAGCUGACCAAAGGGGAGCUGACGCCAGAGGAGGUCACGCUGGUGUGCGACAAAGCCAUCGAGGAGGCCGACCUGGACGCAGACAACAAGCUCUCCUUCGCCGACUUUGAGAACAUGAUCUCCAAAGCUCCUGAUUUCCUCAGUAACUUCCACAUCCGGAUAUGAGACGAGGCCUCCCACAGAGAUCCUGUAGAGGACAGACGUCUCACCCGGACCUGUCUCCUGUUGGUGGAGCCGGCCUCUGAUCGGGACGCAGGAUGGUUCUGGAUCUUCUGGCUCACUGAGUUGAUGUUCCGGCUCUGGUCCGGACUCCCGUGUUCAGUGGAGACCCAGCAGCAGCGGCGGUUCUGUGGCGGCAGGUCGGCGCCGCGGACUGGACUCCGGUCUAAAAGCACACAGUUAAAGGGCAAACAGUGAGCAGCUAUGCAAUCUUUCUUGCUGACCUGCAUGUUGUAAAUAGCUUGGCCAGCUGCUGAGUGCUUUAGUCAAGCGUUCUGGUGCAAACUGACAAUCAUUUAAACUGUAGCUCAGUUAAUGGAAGGGCUCCCUGUCAGUCUGGCUGUCACACCGUCUCCUGCCAACCUGAUCCACCCCACCUGUUCACCUCUCAAUGCUUUCUCACUCUAGAGGAAAAUAAAAGCUUUGUUUUGCUCCA